UAUAACGUGUGGUGGGGAUUUGGAGUUGUAAUAGCGGAGUGCUUUACGUUUCCACAUCACUGUUCGUCGUCGCGGACUCAGAAGUGGUGUCCAAGAUGAUUCUCCCGGUUCUUUUCAUUCUCUACUUUGCGACUUUAGCCGAUUCGGCUUACGAAGGUGAAUCCUGCAGUCUUACGGACGGAAGCACCGGAAUCUGCGCGCUCUUGAACAACUGUCAACCGGUGCUUCAGGAAUUGAUGGCCGGAAAUGCGCCGGAUAAAUUAUGCGGAUAUGCCGGAUUCGAGCCGAUCGUAUGCUGUCCGACGAGUAGACCGACGACUACGUCAACGCGACGUCCUACCAUCACGGAAACUCCGACUGGCGAUGGGAGAGGUGCGAUCGCCAGACAGAAAUGUGCCGAAUACGCCACGUACGUUUACGCGCUGGUGUAUCCGCCGGUGUUAACGAUACACCGAGAGAAGGUCAACGUUUCGCAGUGUGGAUUUAAGAUCCAGAAACUUGUUACGGGUGGUAAGAAAGCCGAACGAACGGAAUUUCCGCACAUGGCUGCUGUCGGUUACAAUUUGGAUACGGCGGGUAUAGGAUGGUACUGCGGAGGUACGCUUAUCUCGGAAAAAUUCGUACUCACCGCAGCUCAUUGCACGUACUCGACGAUGUGGGGUGACGCGUCGUGGGUGCGUGUCGGAGAUUUGAACUUGGAAAGAACGGACGACAGAGCGAUGCCGGUGGACCGGCGGAUCAUCGAAAGGAUCAGACAUCCCCAAUACAGACUUCCGUCCCAAUAUCACGACAUUGCCCUUCUCCGACUCGAGUCUCGCGUGACUUUUAACGCGUGGAUAAGACCGGCUUGCCUGCACACCGCACCGGUAACCGGUACCCGAAGCGCCAUAGCGACCGGAUGGGGUCGCGUUGACUGGGCCGACGACGAAGGUUCGAUGGACCUCUUGAAGGUCACGCUUCCUCUCGUGAGUCAGGAGAGCUGCAACAGGAGUUACACUUCCGGUACAGUGGAUAACAAACUUCCGAACGGAAUAGUUGGACAAACGCAGUUGUGCGCGGGAGAACUCGGAAAGGAUACUUGUCAGGGCGACAGCGGCGGACCUUUGGUGAUAUACAGUAACAAGGAGUAUUAUUGCAUGUACGAUGUUAUCGGAGUUACCAGUCUCGGAAGAUUAUGUGGAAGCACUAUCCCCGGAGUUUACACCAAGGUUUACCACUACGUAUCCUGGAUAGAGUCCGUAGUUUGGCCGAGCGGAUAAAUUAGUUGUACAUGACAUGAAAUCGUUUGCUCGAUCGGAGUGUAAUCUGUGUAUAAAUACACGGUUGAGUCUCGUGCCGAAAUAGUAAGAUGAAUAAUAAAUUUAAAUCAAUUCUGUAGCGGAAAUUGAGCGGAGUGUUCGCUAGUUUGUUGAUAAUGUAAUAAGCAUGAUUGAUUGAUUGGGGGGGGGGAGAGGGCCGGAUUGAAUUGACCGGAGGCAAUAUUCGUUCUAAGAUGACAAUAUCGCGUUCUGAUCUUUUGACAUCGGAAAUCUUCUAAUUUUCGUUCACGUUGUUGAACCUCAAUCGAUUAUUCUUAAUGAUGUAGAACGAGUGUAGGUAAAGUAGAUGUAUUUAUGGAACAUUUAAUUUUAAGCAUAACAUUACCAUAGUCUUUAAGAAUUUAAGCACCCUAUUAUUAUCGCAUUGUGAUUCUUGGCAGGCAUAUGAAAAACCUGACAAUUAUAACUGCCGUAUGAUAUUGUAAAUAGUUGAAUAGUUAAAGAAUUUUAAUGGAUUUCAUAACUCGAGACUCAAUACAUUCAAAUAUUCCUGACUAUAAUUCAAUUCGUCACGACGUUUUGAUAAAUUAGUAUUCAAGUGUCGCAGUAUCACUGUGUUGUAUUCAAACAAUAAAUUUUAUAUGAUUUAAUUAA